GUACUCCACCGAGAGCUUCAAACUCUAGGGAGAUCUUAUCUAUCUGGAGAGAGAGAGAGAGAGAGAGAGAGACGGAGAGAGAAAGAGAUUAAAGAUGGUGAGAACUCCUCGGUGUGAUAAAAAUGGAUUGAAGAAAGGAACAUGGACACCAGAGGAAGACAGGAAGCUUAUAAGUUAUGUUACUAGGUACGGCUGUUGGAAUUGGCGCCAGCUUCCGAGGUUUGCAGGUCUAUCAAGGUGUGGAAAGAGUUGCAGACUUCGAUGGAUGAAUUAUCUAAGACCCAACAUCAAAAGAGGGAACUAUAGCAAAGAAGAAGAGGAGAAAAUCAUCAAGUUGCACGAAUUGCUGGGGAAUAGAUGGUCUGCAAUUGCUGCUCAGCUACCAGGAAGGACAGAUAAUGAGAUCAAAAACCACUGGCACACCAACCUCAAGAAACGCUUGAAACAAAACUCUAUCCCCCAUGAAGAAAAACACGACUCAAAUGAUCAGCUUCCUAGGGGUGAAAAGAGACAGAAGAGAAAGGAGCCAAGUCAUUCUCUUAAAAAUCCAGAAACUACGCAGACAAUUGAUGCUGCAGUACUUGAUGCGAGGACAAACGUGGUUGCAGGUGAUAUUAAUCAUGGUACUUUCACAGAAAAUGCAGAAACCGAUGGUAAUAGUUUUUGGACACAGCCAUUUUUGACAGAUGAUUCCAAUAUUACAAGUUGGUUCCCUUCACCAUUUAUGGGCUGCGAGUAUUUAUGUUCAGUGCCUGAUGAAUUGUUGUCAUGCCCUUAUGGUUUGUUCGAAGAAGAAGACAAGUUCUCAAACAUGAAUCUUUCCCGGAGCGAGAAAAGACACAAGAGGCUAAAUGAUCAGCCAAAUAAACCUCUUCUAAAUCCAAGUACCCAAGUAAUUGAUAGCUUACCAUCAUCACCACAACCAUGCUCAAGUGAAUUAUCCUCCAUCACCAAAGAUACAGCAGUUAAAACUAGCACAAAUAUGGUUGCGGACGAAAACGUCUUUACUUCCUUUGAAGCAUCCACGGAAAUCGGUAGUAAUUUUUGGGCAGAGCCAUUUUUUGCAGAUAACGCCUAUAUUCCAAGUGAUUUCUCAGCACCAUUUAUCUGGACUGAUGAAGAGUUAUCUCCAGCAUUUGAUGAAUUCUUGUGCGCAUUUGUCCUGUAAGAGGAAAGUGAGGACUUGAACCGAUAAGUAAGCAAAUUAUGGAUGGAGAACUUCAUCUUUUCCCUACGUUGCUUGCUCACUGGUUUCUAGUUAGGAAGAUGUUAAAUGCAGUACAUGUUUUACUAUAACUAUUGUCGUGGGAGUGAUACAUUCCCAACAUAUAUAAUAAGUAUAUCUUUAAUUAGCCUUUUAAUUUGUGACACAUAGCUUGUCAAAUUACCUAUAUAUGUAGCAAAACUUUUAGACAAAUGCUUGGAAUCCCGAUAAUAGGUUCCGAGCAUUUCU